CACGGAAGCAGUCAGAUGCCUCCUGAAAGCCGGUGCAGAUCCCAACAUGGGAGACGAUGAGCGAAUUCUUCCUGUCUUUGCUGCAUGCGGAUUCGUUGGCACCAAAAGCUCCUCGGCCCAUUCAGUUAUCCCAUACAAGCAGUUGCCGCCGCGCACAGAUAUCUGGUUCGAUAUUAUCCGGUUGCUGGUAAAACACGACGCUUCUGUCCACGAGACCAUCUUUGGGCAAACACUAACCACGCUUACGCUGGCCGUCCAGGCCUUUAAUUCGACCUCACAAACCUUGCUGCCCUUCUUGCAACUUCUUCUGGACCAGUGCUACAUUGACUUUUCCAUUGCGAACGAGUAUGGGUCAUCCGCUUUGUUCACAGCGAUGCGAAGUGGAGACGUCACCAUUCCUGCGCUAGAAUUCCUUGCACACUGCGGAGUCAAACUCGACGAAGCACUACCAGAUGGUCGAACGGCACUGCAUCUGGCGGCUGAACUCGCGUCUACCGUGUCACCGCUUGCGCACCUAUGCCAGAAGUAUGGCAUGGGUAAUAUUGAUCGACGAGAUCAGUGGGGUUGGACAGCACUUCAUUACGCGGUCGGUUCGUACAGCAAUAGGGAGGACAAUCUGCCAUGCGGGAAGGUCAGAUUCUUGUUGGAGAAGGGAGCAGACCCGCAUCUGAGAGGAAACGGACUCCGCACUCGACCCCUUCAUGUCAGCAAUUGGGUAGGCGAGCCAGUCUCACCGCUCGAAUAUUCGAAGUACUUGGGGCCGGAUGUAUAUAACCGAUUCGUGGCAGACAUGAGGGCGGCUGGCCAUGCGGUUGCGGAUGAAGAAGACGGCGAGCAAGACGAGUUUCACGAUGCAGUAGAAAGCAUAGUCUGAUGGGAGGUCGGGGGUGGGGGCUUUUUAAUAUUGUCUGUCUUGGCCGCCCUAGCUUCCCGAAACCGGCGCCCUCCGG